AUGGGAUUCAAGUAUCACUUCCCACAGACGGCACCAAACUCAAGGAAAGGGCCUGGACCUUCAAUAAAGGCUAGCCUGCAGAAGACAAAAAUAAGGGAAGCAGUCAUUAAGCUUCGGACACCGGUGUGGUGCCAGCCGAAGGCUCUCCGAUGCUUAAGUCAGCUAAGAAGGGUAACUUUUGCAAAGGAAGUGAAAGUGGGAGGUUGGUGUGGAUUUCCAAUGUGGGACUUUGUGCAAGUCGCUGCGGUGUCGGGAGUUUCGGCAGGUGCUUGGCACCUCGGAAGAAUGUCUUCCUUCGGCAGGGGAGAAGGCGUGUCUGCCUUGGAGCUAACACGACUUCAAAAUUAUGGAACUCUUUGCAAUGGAAUAUUCAUGCUAGUUGACCUAUAUAAAACUUUCUAUGCUCAGCUUUUGCUCUUUGCCACUUCAAAAGAUUCAGAGAAGUUUUCAUUUAAUUACAAUUGGAUUUUUGCUCUUUCCUUUGCCUUCAACCUCACCAAUUUGAAGAAUAGGGGCUACCUAGAUGAGGAAUUUGGUGGUCAAGAGAAGAGUAGAACUACCCAAGCGCAAGGGAACUCAGAAUUGGAGUUUUGCUCUUUCCUUGACCUUCAACCUCACCAAUUUGAAGAGUAG